AUGGCGAACAUUGACGCCGAGGACGCGCAGUUCCAGAAGGAAGUCCAGGAAGUUAAGCAGUGGUGGACGGACUCAAGAUGGAGGUAUACGAGGCGGCCGUUUACUGCUGAGGAUAUCGUUUCGAAGAGAGGUAAUCUCAAGAUCACCUACCCAAGCAAUCAUCAGUCGAAGAAGCUUUGGGAGAUUGUGGAAGGACGCUUCAAGGUAUGCUACACAUACGGAUGUCUCGACCCUGUCAUGGUCACACAGAUGGCGAAGUAUCUAGAUACUGUUUACGUUUCUGGAUGGCAAGCAUCGUCAACAGCUUCAUCGACCGACGAGCCGGGUCCUGAUCUAGCAGACUACCCCUACACAACCGUCCCCAACAAAGUUGGCCACCUGUUCAUGGCGCAGCUUUUCCACGACCGAAAGCAACGGGAAGAACGCCUGACCACCGCGAAAGCCGACCGUGCGAAAGUCGCCAGCGUAGACUACCUACGACCGAUUAUCGCGGAUGCCGAUACUGGACAUGGAGGUCUCACAGCUAUCAUGAAGCUUACGAAGCUGUUCAUUGAGAAGGGUGCUGCGGGUAUACAUAUCGAGGACCAAGCGCCAGGAACGAAGAAGUGCGGACAUAUGGCUGGAAAGGUGUUGGUUCCGAUCAGCGAGCAUAUCAACCGUCUGGUCGCUAUCAGAGCGCAGGCAGAUAUCAUGGGAACCGACCUACUUGCUGUUGCCAGAACCGACUCAGAAGCCGCUACCCUGAUCACUUCUACCAUCGACCCACGCGACCACCACUACAUUCUAGGCUGCACAAACCCUGCCCUUCAGCCUCUGGGCGAGCUGAUGUACGCCGCCGAACAAGCCGGCAAGACAGGCGCGGAGCUCCAAGCAAUCGAAGAUGCAUGGACGAAGGAGGCCAACCUCAAGCUAUACCACGAGGCCGUAAUCGACACGAUCAACGCCGGUGUACAUGUCGACAAGCAAAGCAUGAUCAACGAGUUCAUGGAGAAGAGUAAGGGCAAGAGCAACUCAGAAGCACGCGCCAUCGCCGCAGGCCUGACCGGCGUCGAUGUGUACUUCAACUGGGACGCCGCGAGGACGCGCGAGGGCUACUACAGAUACCAAGGUGGUUGCCAAACCGCCAUCAACCGCGCCAUCGCAUACGCACCCUACUGCGACAUGAUAUGGAUGGAGUCAAAGCUGCCCGAUUUCGCGCAGGCGAAAGAAUUCGCUGACGGCGUGCAUGCCGUUUGGCCCGAGCAGAAACUAGCAUACAACCUCUCCCCCUCCUUCAACUGGAAAGCCGCCAUGCCACGCGACGAGCAAGAAACCUACAUUCAGCGCCUGGCCAAGCUGGGUUACUGCUGGCAGUUCAUCACGCUCGCUGGUCUGCACCAGAGCGCGCUCAUGGCCGAUACGUUCUCCAAGGCGUAUGCGAAGCAGGGUAUGCGUGCGUACGGCGAGAUUAUCCAGGAGCCGGAAGCGGAGAACAAGGUCGAUGUGCUUACGCAUCAGAAGUGGAGUGGCGCGAAUUAUGUGGAUAAUUUGCUGAAGAUGGUGUCGGGUGGUGUUAGUUCUACGGCGGCUAUGGGCAAGGGUGUUACGGAGGAUCAGUUUAAGUGA